GCGCUGACCUGAGCCCUGGCCAAGUCCCUGCAGUGGCUGGGGUGGCCAUAGGCCUUCAGGCAGCUCAUGAACGAACUUUCCACAGGGGGCGUGUGUGACAAGGUCAGCGCGGUCCUAGCGCCUGCCCUGGACACCUUUGACUGCAAGUUCCUGGAGCAAGUGAUCUACUGUACUGUGGACCAGAAUGAAGAGCUGGCUCCUGCAGAUAGGAUCCUUUACACACCUAGGAACAGAACUGUCACUGUAGACAAAUUGCCCCUUGUCACAGCCUCCAUUCUCAGUAAGAAGGCUGUGGACAGACUGAUGGUUCUGGUGGAAGAUGUGGUCUUCCCCAGUGAGGCCCAGGCCUGGGAGCUGGUAAUAGUGCUGGUAAAGGCGGGGGCGGGCAGAGGGCUUCAGGUCGCAGAAGCCCUGAGCUCCACCGACACCCCCUUGGGCCGCAGCAUGGGCCACGCUGCGGAGGUAGAGGAUAAGCUGGUUUGCUUGGACAGCACGAGGACCCCAGACCUGUGGAACCUGGUCACCUGGCUCGCCCCCCAACCCCCACCCCGCACUGCCACCUUCUGGCUCAGCCGACGCGUGCAAGCCCAGGUCGAGGGCUCCGCCCCAGGGGCCGCAGUACUGAGUGAAGGCUCGGCCCAAGCCUCUUCAAGAGGAGACCAAGCCCUGUGCUCCGGGACCCCGCGUGGCGCCAGCAGCUGCUGCAAGAAGAGCUGGGCACGGGUGCCGAUGGUGAGCGCGAGAGCGGCCCGGGGACCCCGUCCAUCCCUCCCAGAGCCCAUCCUGGCCAGGGAAGCCCCGGGGACGCCAACCCUCCCCGCCCCUCUCCCCUCUCCAAGCCCGGCUCCGUCGCCUCGUCCCGGUCGGGCCAGCGCCCUCUCCCCCAGCAUGGUGGAGCUCAGCAGGGGACCGCCGCUGGCGGUCGUACCACGCGAACUCGGGGCCGGACGAAACCGUGAGGAGAAGCCCCUCCAGGCCCACGCGGGCGCCCAGCUGCUGGGGGGCGGACCCGCUGGCAACCGGAUGGACCGGCGCUCAGCCGCCUGCGGCCUGCAGGGGGCGUGCGUGCAGUUAGCCGCCACGCUUACCAGGCACGUGACCUACGGCGGCGUGCGGCUUCAGGCAGCGCGCGACAUUUUACGCAUGCGCAAUGGUGCGUCUGGGCAAUCGCAACGCCUACAGGCUGCUGCGCGUGCGCGCCGCCUUACACGCAUGCGCUUUGGCGUCGAACGUGGCGACUGCCGAGUCCCGCGACCCCCGCCGAGGAGCGUGGAAAACUCCUGGGUUGGCGAGGAGACGGCGCGGAGCUAUCUUCCAGCCACCGUGUCUUCUGAUACCCGGCCACGACCUGCUGCCGACAACCCCUUCCUGCCGGAAGGUCUGCGCGCGGGUGCCGGAGAAGAGGCGGGAGUGCGGGCCUGUGCGCGUCGGUGA